AUGGCAUCUGCCGAAUCUGUGCCUUCUGCAGCCAUUUUGGCCCGGGGGCGUCAGAGGUACCUCGCUGCCACGGCCAGGCCAAGCCCGGCCCAGCGACACGCGACCACGGCUCGCGACAUGCGGCUGGAUUGUGGUCGGGCCUUGUUGGAGAUGGUGCUUCCGCAGCACCAAGAGUUGAGCUUUCAGGAGGUCAGUCAGAUGGUUGAGAAGAUUUCCUCCAAUCUCCGCUUGCAAAUGGAUGGAAAUGGUAAGGAAGGCAAGGGGCGCUACUUGGUAGCGAGAUGUGCUCUGAAGGCUGGAGAGGUGAUUGUGUCUGAGAGGCCGAUCUUCGAAGGAAACACCGAUGCCCAGAAGAGUGAGAAGAUUUACUCUGAGGCCUUUCUCGAAAAACUUCAGGCCACUCCGGACAUGGAAGAUGAUGUGGAUGAUUGCUUCCAUCCACGAAGCCCUUUGAUGGACUGCGUUGCGGCAGUGCUCCUGUCGAAGCAGCUCGUGGAUGAGAAGUCUGCCUCUGCAGACAUACGCGAAAAAGCUGUGUUGAAUUUGCAGAAAUUCUGCUCGCUUUGCAGAAGCCCAGUUCAAUCAACAACUGAUUACAACGAAUGUGUGGAGGACCUAUGGGGUGCCUUGAAGCCAGAGCUGCAGGAGAUUACUUCCCGUGAGGAGUUGGGCCAUGUGCUCCAGAUUCUGAGCUGCAAUCGCUUUGGACAUGGUGGUCAGAGUGUGCAGUUGAUGUUUGCCGGCAGCAUGUUCGAGCACUCCUGCUUGCCAAAUUGCUUUUUGGGCACGGCAUGCACGGCCUCCCCAAAUGCUGAUGGACCUCAGACCUAUAGAGCACUUCGAGACAUUGAAGAGGGCGAGGUGUUGUCAAUCGACUACUUGAACUUUCCAUUAGGCUAUUGUUCUAUGACUGCUCGCGCAGAGGCUUUCCAGAAAUGGGGCUUUACGUGCAGUUGCCCCCGGUGUGUUGAGCUACCCGAAGUGGAGCGCAGUUUCAAUUGUGCCGAGUGUGGCGAGCCAGACUUGUGCCCCUGCAGGCCUGGAAGUUCAGUGCUGCAAUGCCUUUCUUGCAAAAAAGUGGCCGACGCGAGCUAUGCAGCUCGUUGCUUGGAGAGGGAGGCGCAGCUUCAGAGAGAACCAGCAAGUCCGGCACGAAAGGUUGGAGAAGAAUCUGAUGAUGAGAAUCUCUUAGGCCAUCGUCAUCACCUGGUGGUCCAUGCCUUGUGGGAAGAUGUGGAAGCUGGCCUUCCAGAUUCCAAGGAGCUUCCAGCCUUUCAGCAGAUGUUGGAGGUGUUGAUUGAGAGCGUCUCGUCUGCCUCUAGGUUGGAGGAACACCCCGCCCUGUUGAACUUGUACCACCUGGCCGCCCUGUCCACACAAGAUGACUUGGAAACUCAGAAACACUACUUGCAGCUGGAGCAUCGUAUAAUGCAACGCUUCUUUCCCGAGGAAGCCCAGCGUCAAGAUGAUGAAAUCAUGUCACUGGUGAAGCCGACGAAGGAGCCAACACAGCUAGAGACAGUGACAGUGGGUCUAUUUUUGGAAGAAAUUGCCUACUUCAUGGAGGAUAUGGAGAGAGAUCUCUGGUGGCUGCUGCGCAUGGCUCACCAGCCUGCUGGGCCACCGGAGCUGAUUCACGGUGACGAGGUCAUUGAACCCGUGGAUGCUGCUGUGGAGGCAGCCAUCCAGAAGUUGAAAGAGCGCGCAGACAAGCACGCGGAGGAACAUGUGGCUCAGGCUGGAGCCCAGGGGUUGACCGCCUGGGAACAGCAUCUGACUUGCAGCGCCGGUGUGGCCAACUUCAGGCAGAAUGUGUUGGAAGUGCGAUGGACAAAUCUGAACACUUUGACCACCGAUCCCAUGCAUCCCAUGCACAGAAUGCACAGCCUUGUGGUGGGCGCCUCCCGCGGGCUGGGCCUAGCGCUCACGCGGCACCUGGCCGAAGUGGCGCACCGCGCCGGCGGCUCCGGGGGCUCCCAGGGCCGGGUGCUGGCGGCGGCGCGGCGGCCGGUGCCGGCCUUGGAGGAAGUGCGGAGGUCCUUCCCUGACAUCGUCGAAAUACUGGAACUUGAUGUCACAGAUCCUGACAGCGUUUCCUCAGCAGCGUCCAGAGCCAAAGAGCUGCUGGAGUCGCCACGCGGCGGAGGCGGCGGAGGCGGCGGACGCGGCGGAUUGCAUUUGCUCUGCCACACUGCUGGGCUGCUGCAAGACAAAGACCGGGGAGUGAUCCCUGAGAAUCACCUGCAAAAAGUUGAAGCGAAUGCUUUGGCCUAUUCCUUUGCUGUGAACGCGAUUGGGCCCCUUUUGGUGUUGAAGCAUUUUUCGCCGCUCCUCAAGGCCGGUGCUACAGAUCAGAGGACUGAGGAUAGCGAUGUUCCUGGAGCAAGAGCCGUAUUCUACAGCGCGCGCGUCGGCUCCAUCGGCGACAAUGCCACUGGUGGCUGGUACUCUUACCGGAGCAGCAAGGCAGCAUUGAACCAGAUGGUGCGCUGCGCAUCCAUAGAACUCCGGCGACACUCGGUGUGCUGCUUUGCGCUGCACCCUGGGACGGUGGACACCGAUCUCACUCGUGCCUUCGCACGUGCGAGAGCAAAGUACAAAGUGCAAGAUGUAGAUGAAGCCGUCCAGAAGCAUCUUCAAAUCGUGGAGUCACGGACGAUGGCAGAUUCUGGGCGCUUCUUCGAUUGGCAAGGGAAGGAAGUGCCGUGGUGA